GUCCAUGUUAAUAUUUUACCCAUGAAAACUUCUAUCCUCCGUGGUUAGGCUCAAACCGUGUUUUGCAAGAGCAUCAACAAUCGCACCCCAAGUUCGGGAACUAGAUACAACAAACGCAUACACAUUCCCUCAAAUCAAUAAAAAGAAAACUGCCCCAAUUCCAUUGCUUCUUCUCUUCUCCGUCCAAAUUAUCAUUUAAUUGCAGCAAAUUCAUAUCAGAAUCUCUGGUUGUAGUCUGAAAUGGACACUGGUGAUGAUUUCACAUUUUGUCAGGUAAGUUCACAUGUGGAUGGGGAUGGUUCUGAAACAAACAAGCUUGUUUCAAAUAUUGCUGAUAUUUCCAUUAAAGAAGAAUCCUCAAAUACAAGUAGUAGUAGUAGUAGUAGUAGUAAUACAAGUAACACUGGUUUAUUGUGGAAGGAUGGUUUGCCAAAUGAUUCGAACUCUAGAAAGGAGGGUACAAUUGGUUCUUUGUCUUUCAGUGUAGUUAACACAGCUUCAAAUCAGCCGAGUGAAUUGUCUUCGAAAUUGGUACCGAGCAAUGCUGAGAAUUCGCCGCCUCAGGAGUCACCGGAACAGAUGAUUUCUGCUAAAAAGCCGAUUGUCCGGACCAAAGUUCCUUUUGAAAAAGGAUACAGUCAAAUGGACUGGCUCAAGCUCACCCGAACACAUCCUGACCUUGCAGGUUUAAAAGGACAGUCUAACAGGAGACUUAUUUCUAAGGAUGAUGUUAAAAAACACCAAACCGAGGGCCACAUGUGGACUGUAUUAAAAGGCCGUGUUUACAAUAUAUCUCCAUAUAUGAAGUUUCACCCUGGAGGUGUUGAUAUGUUAAUGAAGGCAGUGGGAAAAGAUUGCACAUCUCUAUUCAAUAAAUACCAUGCAUGGGUUAAUGCUGAAUUCUUAUUGGAGAAAUGCCUUGUGGGCAUCUUAGAUGAAGGUCAAUGAAGAAAGAUCAGUUUUAUUGUAAUAGUGAAUAAUCACAUGAAGCUAGCCUUGGUUCUGAGUCUGUUAUACCUCUUCCUGGUCCCUCUUCUAUUUACGGCCAGGGACCAUUUGCCAUACAGUUUAUGGUUCAAUACAGUUAUUUUGUCCCCCAUGUUCAUGUACGGACAAAUUUGGGGUUUAAUUAAAAAUAAAUACAUGCAGAGGACUUCUUCCCUUAA